AUGACGGUCAAGAGAGUGAGCCAAGAGAGACCAAAUCAAGGCAUGACGUUGUUGUAUCAAACUCCUCUUGCAGGGGAGCCUGCCGUAUCAACCUUUAUCGUCAUCGUGCAUCAUGAGACCCCGCCUGCAGAGAGAACUCCACAAAGGCUGAGCCAGGCGGCCGGGACACCGAUCUUGGGCCUCUUUGGACAAAGAACACUGAAUCGACUCAUCACUCUCAGGAUAAGACCCUGUCUCUUCUUGUCUUCUGGAGAAUGCUUGGAUUCCCAGCUUAAUAUUGUAGUACAUAGCAAGACACCAGCGCAACACUCGCCAGAUAGAUACAUCUAG